UAAGCGAAAAGAAAAUAAAGAUUAGAACACACAAAUAAAACCAAAAUAUUUAUAUUGGUCAAAUUAAUUUAUUUAUUUUUUACAAAUUUUCAAAGUUAUUUAAGAACAAAAAUGUCCAUUCCACGCAUAACAGAGUAUGAAAUAUUAGAAAAACUAGGAGAAGGAAGUUAUUCUACAGUAUACAAAGCAAAACACAAAAAAAAUCGAUCAUAUCAUGCAAUUAAAUGUGUGGAGAAAUCAACCUUGUGCAAAAAUUCAACUGAUAACUUAGUCACGGAGAUAAAACUACUGCGCUCCUUGACUCACAAGUAUAUUGUUGGCCUCGAUGACUUUUUUUGGGAUGAGAAAAAGAUAUAUAUCGUCCUGGAGUACUGCAAUGCUGGAAAUCUAUCAUCGUUCAUUCGUUCGCGUAAAUCAUUGCCCGAGUCUACUUGCAAGUAUUUUCUCAGGCAACUGGCUUGUGGGAUCCAGUAUAUGCGUACAAAUGAUAUCUGCCACUUUGAUUUAAAGCCACAGAACCUACUGUUGACGCGAAACCCCAAUGUCUCUCUUAAAAUAGCUGAUUUCGGUUUUGCUCAACAUCUCAAGUUGGGAGAAAUCAAUCAAAAACUUAAAGGAUCUCCACUAUAUAUGGCGCCAGAAAUAGUUGGCAAACAUCAAUACGACGCUAAGGCUGAUCUCUGGAGCAUUGGAGUCAUUUUAUAUGAAUGCCUUUUUGGCAAGGCUCCCUACACAUCCAAAACCAUCGACGAACUCUUAAUCAAAAUCAAAAACAAUGAAAAAAUAACAAUACCUCCAAAUACAAGAAUAAGCGCCGAGUGCAAUGAUCUGCUUACACGAUUAUUGCAACAUGACCCAUCCAAACGAAUAUCGUUUGAAGAAUUUUUUACACAUCCCUUUAUUGAUCUCAAAACAAUUCCGUCAGAAAAGACCCUCCAAAAAGCUGUUCAACUGGUCACAACGGCCGUCGAAUUUGACGAAAAGAAAAUGUACAAAGAAGCUUAUUAUUUGUACUGCCAAUCUCUUCAGUAUUUCGUGCCUUUAAUAACAGAAGAACCUGACGCAAAUAAACGUCAGGUUCUAAGAAGUCGAGCCUUAUCGUAUCUUAAGAGAGCGGAAGAAAUUAAAGCGUUUGUACUGAAUGCAACCACCAGUCCAUGUGAUGAGCCAAAGCAACCUUGUGUCUCAAAAAUUUUAGAGCCAGACCAAAGAUACAAACAACUUUAUGCAAUUUCGAAUUCUAGUCCAUUACUUAAAACUGGAUUAGAAAUUGGACGACAAGCAGAACUCUAUUCAUAUGAACAGAAACUUGAAGCUGCUUUGGAAGGAUAUACAUCGGCAUUAGGAAUUCUUGUGCCCUUUGUUAAUAAUGAACCAAAAAGCGAUCGAAGACAACUGAUAUUGCAGCAGAUUGAUUUUUGGAUGAAAGAAGCUGAAAGUAUUAAGAGCAUUAUAUGUACGAAAGAUAUCUGUGACGAACGAAAAAAUUCAUCGUUACGUAGCUGUGUUAUUCAAUAAGGAAAAGAACAACAACAUUUUCAAGGAUUCGUUUUGAAAAGUUUGGAAGAAUAUUAAAUUUAAAGUUGCUUGAUUUGUUAUUUUUUUAUAAUGUCUAAUGUUAUUAUAGUACCUAGUGAAUUGA